AGUUUGGUCCAACGCGAAUUGCGACGAGUCAAUUCAAACAAUUUCUUUGCAUCUGUCCAUUACUUCAACCACAACAACAACUACAACUCUACUUUGACCAUAUUGCAAUUGAAUUUUGAUAAAUCUUCGAAUAGCGUUUCAAAUAACACGCACACCUCUAGAUAAUAAUUUCAAACACCUUUGUCCUUCUUCACAAUUUACAAAUAUGUCGGAUGCCGACCUCGAUUCAAGGCUCACCACGCCACUUCCAGAAGCUGGAAACGAUGCUGGAGAUCCAAAUAGACCCAUUUCACAAGAACGGGAUACACCAGAACCUCCUAUGGCCAACACAGAUCUUGAUAUGGAUGAUUUAGACAAUGCAGAAAACGGAGCUGAAUCCGACAAUGAAUCAGAUCUAUCCGAAGUCGAUGAAGCCAAUUUUGAUGAUUUCGAUGCAAGUAAAGUUGCCUUGGAUGAGAGACCUAUGGUUGGCAUUGAUGAAGAUGUUGCGAAGACGUUAAAGGCGAGUAAGCGCAAGCGUACAGAAGGCGAGGGCAAGAAACCAAAGGAAGGAAAGCGAGAAAAGAAAAAGAGACCGCGCAGAGAUUCAGACGAGGAUCCAGAUGGAAUAGAGAUUGAUGGAAAGAGGGUUAGAAAGCCUAAGAGAGUUGAUGGUGAUAGAAAAGAUAGAGACAGAACGAAGGAACGAAGAAAGGCAACACCAGAACCUGAAAAUGAUGAAAAUCUUACACCUGAUGAGAGGAGGCGUAGAGCUUUGGAUAAGGCCAUGGAUGCUGCGCUGAAGAACCCCAACAAGAGAAGAAGAAAGAAGGAUGAAGUGGUAUGUAUAUGUUAUCUGUUGAAAAAGAAAAAGAAUCUAACUCUGUGGCAGGAUUUGGAAGAAGCAUUCGAUGAUGAAAUUGCAGCUUUAAAGCUUCGAAUGGAAGAAGCAUGUCAAGCUGAUAAUGCUGCUCGAGAUGCUAAUUUACCCGCAACGAGAAAACUCGAAAUGUUACCAGAAGUUGUCGCUCUUCUUAACAGAAACACCAUUCAACAUUCUAUCGUCGACCCAGAUACCAAUUUCUUGCAAUCCGUCAAAUUUUUCUUGGAACCAUUGAAUGAUGGAAGUCUUCCAGCCUACAAUAUUCAACGUGAUCUUUUCCAAGCACUUGCACGUUUGCCAAUUGAGAAGGAAGCACUUUUGAGCAGUGGGAUUGGUAAGGUCGUUCUAUAUUACACCAAAAGCAAGAGACCAGAAAUCGGAAUCAAGAGAAUUGCGGAAAGAUUAUUGGGAGAAUGGUCACGACCAAUUUUGAAGCGAAGUGAUGAUUAUAAGAAACGUAAGGUCGCGACCAAGGAAUUCGAUCAUCAGUAUGUACAUCCAUUUCAACAUAUUUUGUUCCUACUAACAUUUUCAUCAGAGCCGCACAACUUGCAAUCCGUCCCUCCGGUUCUCAAUCUUCGCAGAUGCCCUCCUCCCAACGAACACAACUCACAGCUCGUGAUAUUGAACGUCAACGUCUUCUCGCACCGAAAAUUAUUAGCAACAGAGCUAGAAUGGAAACCUCAAAUACCAGUUACUCGAUUGCCCCUAGAAGUAACUUUGAUCCAAGUAGAGGCUUGGAUCCAUCUGCUAGACCUAUUGGUGCAGGUGGUGUAGAUGCCUUUAGGAAAAUGACAGCCAAACAGGGGAAGAAGAGGUAAUAGGAUUAAAGCAACGGGCGUGGGCGAUCGUGAGAUGGAGAUGACUUGUAUUAUUGAACGAAUGGAGAAAGAAAGGCAUGCAGGGCGUUUUUAACUUUCGUCGGACUACUAACAAUAAGAUCGUUUCAUGGGUAUUAUAGGAAGGGAUAAAGGAAGAACGAAAGGAUAAUCAUUCAUACGCAUCACAUACUAGGCAGUCAUCCUAACUAAGUCAAUUGGGAUCAUGCGUUUGAGAAAUUUGAAAAUACCCCUUUACUGGCGCAUU